UCCAAAUCACUUACCCUAAUCAUCCCCACCCAUCCCUAACCCCAACUCUAACUUCAACACCACCCCACCAACCACCCCAUAUCCAGGGCAUAAGCACAAUGCUGCAAACCCACCCCUGCACCCCCAGUGACGCCCCCGCCCUCGCAACCCUCUACCUUGAAUGCUUCACCUCCCCAUUCGAGCGGCACCUCUGGCCCGACGUCCCCCGCAUGCACGAAUGGUGGACCACCGCGUUCGCCGGGAAACUCGCCCAGCCGGACAAAUUCCAUACCCUCAAGGUCAUUGAUACCGAGAACGGGGAGAUGGUGGGGUUUUUGGAGUGGAAGUUGCCGGCCCCGGUUGCAGCGGGGGAGAAGGGAGAGGAGGAGGAGGAGGAUGAAUAUCCGCCGUAUCCGGAGGAAGUGGGCGGGUUGGAGGCGUGGAAUCGGUUGUUGGUCGAGAUGGGCGGGAAUACGGGGAAGGUUAUGGGGGAGAGGCGGUUUUAUUUUCUCAACAUCCUCGGUACUAAACCCGCGUAUCGCCGACGGGGCGUCGCAUCGGAGAUGAUUCGGUGGGGAGUGGACCGUGCGGAUGCGGAGGGGGUCGAGGCGUUUGUCAUUUCGGCGCCCAUGGCCAGACCCGUCUAUGCGAAACAUGGGUUUGAGUUGGUCCUGGAGGGGGAGAAUCUGGGGGGUGAUCUGGGGGAGUUUGUGCCGGGGUAUAUGCUGCGGAAGCCGAGAGGGAAGCAGGAGCAGGCUGGGUGCGGGGGAUAUGCCAAGUGGUUGGCGGUGCCGGUGGUGCUGGGGGUGGGAGCAGUGUUGUUUCAGCGGUUUGGGAGGAGGUUGUUGUAGGUUAGAUGUUGAGAUAGAUUAUGAGAGGUUGUGUAGGAUGCUAA